ACACAGAGGCAUGGACUCCGGCGAGCCUUAUUCAUCCACAGCCCCGAGACCUGCUGGCUCCACUGUCACCAUGAAGGCCUUUCUGGGCUUGAUCACAGCGUUUGUUAUUGCCCAGCUCAUCGGCACUGCGCUUUUAGGCUUGUACCUCUACAUGAAGGUGGACAAGCUUGGAGAUGAGAUCACCUUACAGGACGAUUUUGUGUUCCUCAGAAGAUUACAGAAGUGUCGGAAGCCACAAGAUGCCGAUGCAACCCUACUGGACUGUGCAAAGAUUUUAGGCAGCUUUCAGGAUCUACUACAGGUUCAAACAAACAAGGUCCCACUGGAAAGUCUUCCUGCCAAGCAAACAGGUGACAAGAGGCAAGCGGCAAGCAUUCACCUAGCAGGCUUAAAGGACAGCAAGAGAGUUUUGCAGUGGAAUAAGGCGGUAUAUGCCCCGAUGGAUGACGUGUUUUCAUAUCAAGAUGGGAAACUCAAAGUUGCCAAAGGAGGGCGAUACUAUAUUUACUCCCAGGUUGCCUUUUGUGCCAAACCGGAACUGCACGUGCCCUUCAGCCUCUACGUGUAUCUGCACCUGCCAUCAGAAUCAGAUCGUCUGCUGUUGAAAGGAGUGGGAACCCACGGCCCGUCUGACGACCUCUGCGGCCUGCAGUCCAUCCACCUUGGGAGAGCUGCUGAGCUUCAGGAAGGUCACGUCAUCUUUGUCAACGUGACGGACUCCUCAAGAGUGAAUUAUGACCACGGAAAUACAUAUUUCGGCAUGUUUGAGCUAUCCUAGAAAAGGCUGUGGUGCUUGAGCUUUGUUGAACAAAGCAGGAUGCCCCAGUAAUAUUUAUAACCCACUUUGUCUUUUGUUAUAUUUCCCUACACCCUGUAUAUUUUAUUUUAUUUAUUAAUAAGAGUGCGACUCAGAAGCAAAAUGUAACGCUUCAACAGGCGCAAUACUGAUGUCAGCACCAGACGAGCUGUUGAUAUGCCUUGUCCUAAGCACAGUUGCGCUGGCGCAAUGAGUUUUAGGACUGCUUUCCGUAUUGCUUCUAGUCCCAGUGCUAUUAGCCACAUGCAGAAACAGUUACAAAUCAAAAUGCAACUCGUAUUUCACAGACAUGAUGCACAUACCUAGGAGAGGAUUAAUCACAGCUAGAGCACUUGCUUUGCUUGCAGAAGGUCCCAUCUUCAACCCCUAGCGUCUUGAAGUAGGCCUGGGAAAGACCCCCUACCUGAAACUCUGGAGAGCUGCUGCCAGUCAGAGUAGACAAUACUGAGCUAGAUAGUCUCACUGGGGAUAAGGCACCUUCGUAAGAAUACAAUGUCAUCAUGUACAGAAAAACUAAUUUCUUCUUUAGGGAGAGACCAAGCUGUGUCUUUUGAGCUUGUUUUAGAAGCUGCCACUGCAAAGGCAGCAAUUUUCCAAGUCACCUUUAACAUCACAACCUUAAAUACGUAGUUCAGUUGUCGGAUGCAGUUACGCAGCAUUAUUUUCCAAGACAGGAAGCACCAUGUUGUGUACAAGUGCUCUGAUUCAACAAAGGAGGUAUGCGUGUGCAGAUGUGGCUGCAGAUCAGCAUGUUCACCCAGCCCAGCUCGAACUUCAUGUGUACAUCUGAAUAUAACUAUCUCACUAUGUGCAUCACACUAUCUAAAGCCACAACUGGGAAGCAACAAAGUGCAGUUAAAGCUGGAUCAGAUCCUUUGGGGGAAGCUCAAGAAAUACUUGAGGGCGAUCUUCUACAGCUUGGGGGCGGGGGCGGAUUUGAUUCAGUUUGCAUUUAACGGUGAACCUACCCAAUUUGCACUUUCCAAAACAAUACGAAGACCAAACACAGCCGUCCUUUGAAAUUCACACUUCUCUGAAUUUUGCAAUGCAGUUCUCCAGCCAAGUAAUAUCUACAAAAAUGCAUAUAUUAGGGUAAAAUGGGCAUUAAAAUGCAUAUAUUAGUGAAAACAGAAGACAUUACAUUAGGGAAAAUUGCUUUGCAAAAAUGUGUUAUUAGGCAACAAUUGCAUACAAAAAUGCGUAUGAGAAAGUCAUACUAAAUGCUGAUGAAUUUUCAUGAGGACUUUAAAAAAAAAGGUGCAAAAAUGUGUGAAUUGAAAAAAAUGAGAAACUGAAACUGACAGAUUUGCCGCUACAUAUCAACAUCUCCCCCAAGUCACAAAUGCAUGGGUGUAUUUAAUUAUCAGUCUUUUUAUAGCGACUUUCCAAAACAUUUGUAUUGUGGGAGGCCUUGCUGAAAUCAGUGCAGGCCCUUCUUUGCAAGUUAAGUUGGAGACAGACAAUAGUCUAAGAGAACUGAAAGUGUUUUGAAAGAGGGCUCACUUCCCAUGGAGCAUUCAGAUAUUUCUUUUGUCUCAUUGUCGCCUAUGGUAAAAUAGGCUUGGCAGGUUUUCAAAACCCUGCAAAACCUAUUUAGGAGAGGCACACGUGCAAUCAGUGUACAAACCACUACCUAUUGGUGUCUUCUCUGCUAUGCCUUACUGGCUUGUUGGUUUUUGAUAGAGGCUUUCAAAAGCUGGUGCUGGAAACCCAGCCUCUCACUGGCAGGGCAGGGGAGAGGUUGACACCCCCCCUCCCCCAGUUAAACAGUUUUGCUCCCAUUUCCAUGGGAAAGAUUUAGACCAGCUCCUGAAUCGCUGUCUGGUUUGGGGGUGUGCAUGUGUGUGUGAUGAGACCAGCACAGUUUGGGUUCCUCCACUAGUUGGAUUAGGCCAUCUGGAUUUCAACAUCAAUUGUUUCAUGGUGUUGGUAGCAGGGGUGUGUGGGAUGAUCAGAUAUUGCAGGGCUGGAGAGCCUCAGGGCCAAAUGCAACCCUCCAGGCCAUUCUCUCUUUAGUCCUUAGGACUCUCCAGAGGUCAUGCCUUCUCCCUAGGCCACACCCCUCCACACCCCUGUUCCACAUCCCCCUCCAUCUACCCCCCAGCUGGAAAGCCUUGCCUUGAACUGUAACCAUCCAGCUUGCCUGAAUGCACGUGUCGUGACCUCUGAUUUCUGUGAGGAUGGACUGCAGCCUACUGAGUCACAGCUAUUGCCCCAUCCAUCACUGGCAUGUGGCCCCUGGAAGUUUGCCCACUAAGGAAUGCGGCCCUCUUGCUUAAAACGGUGUCCCACUCCUUCAGUGCUGGAUCUCUUUCUCUAUUGUCAGAGCUCUAACACUGGGCACCUCCACACCGGAGAUUUAAAGUGGUUGAAUGAUCAAUCCUUCUUCCCAGGGAACUCUGGGAACUGUAGUUCUGUGAGGACAACAAUCAGGGUCUCCUAACAGUUCUCAGUGCCCUUAAUAAACUAUAGUUCCCGGGAUUCUUUGGGGGAAACCCCAACAGAUCUAGUGGUAUCAAACUGCUUUAAAUGUAUAGUGUGGAUAAGUCCUCAGUCUCUGGAAAGGAAGAUUUUAUAUAUCCUAUGGCCCCCCUGAGAUGCCCUCCCAGGAACCAAAGGAUUUCACCCUAAAAAAAUCUGAUUUUAUUUUGCUAUUUUACGUAAUCUGCCUUAAAGGCAGGGAUAACACAUAUAAACGUAGCUCAGUGAUUUUGUGUUGGAGGUGACCUCCAAAAAAUGGUAUGUUGCGCUCUUCUCUUCUAAGAUCUUGUCAUGCUUGUUAAAGAACUUGAAGAUUGUCUAAAUAAAGUAAGUUUC